CGGGUGCGAGUCGCGACAGAGACGUAAAGGCUCGUGGGAGCGGUGAAUGGCGCUGUACGCGGCCGCCGCGGCCGUGCUGGCAGGGGUUGAGAGCCGCCAGGGCUCUAUCAAGGGGCUGGUAUAUGGUAGCAGUUUCCAGAACGUGAAGCAGCUGUACGCGCUGGUGUGCGAGACGCAGCGCUACUCCUCCGUGCUGGAUACCGUGAUCGCCAGCGCCGGUCUCCUCCGCACCGAGAAGAAGCUGCGGCCGCACCUGGCCAAGGUUUUAGUGUAUGAGUUGUUGCUGGGAAAAGGCUUUAGAGGGCGAGGGGGCAGAUGGAAGUCUUUGCUGGACCGGCAUCAGGCAAGGCUGAAGGCUGAGUUGGCCCGGCUGAAGGUUCGUCGAGGUGUGAGCCGGAAUGAGGAUUUGUUGGAAAUGGGAUGCGGGCCUGACCCAGCCUCCCAGGUGCCUCGAUUUGUGCGGGUGAACACUCUCAAGACCUGCUGUGAUGAUGUAAUUGAUUAUUUCAAGAGACAAGGUUUCUCCUACCAGGGUCGGGCUUCCAGCCUGGAGGACCUAAGGGCCCUCAAAGGGAAGUGUUUUCUUCUGGAUCUCUUGUUGCCAGAGCUGCUUGUGUUUCCUGCCCAAACGGAUCUGCAUGAACAUCCCCUAUACCAAGCCGGUCACCUCAUCUUACAAGACAAGGCUAGCUGUCUCCCAGCCAUGCUGCUGGCCCCUCCCCCGGGUUCCCAUGUCAUUGAUGCGUGUGCUGCUCCAGGCAAUAAGACCAGUCACUUGGCUGCCCUUCUGAAGAACCAAGGGAAGAUCUUUGCCUUCGACCUGGAUGCCAAGCGGUUGGCGUCUAUGGCUACUCUGCUGGCCCGGGCUGGAGUCUCUUGCUGCCAGCUGGCCGAGGAAGACUUCCUGGCAGUUUCACCCUCAGACCAGCGUUAUCGUCAGGUCCAGUACAUUUUGCUGGAUCCUUCUUGUAGUGGCUCUGGUAUGUUGACCAGACAGCUGGAGGAACCCGAGACAGGUAAACCCAGCAAGGAGCGCUUACGGGCCCUGGCAGCAUUCCAGCAGCGAGCUUUGUGCCAUGCGCUCACAUUCCCAUCCCUUCAGCGCUUGGUCUACUCCACAUGUUCCCUUUGUCAAGAGGAGAACGAAGAUGUGGUACAGGAUGCCCUGCAGCAGAGCUCAGGAACCUUCAGACUAGCUCCUAUCCUACCCUCCUGGCCCCACCGAGGCCUUAACACCUUUCCAGGGGCUGAGCACUGCCUCCGGGCCUCCCCUGAGACCACGCUCACUGGUGGCUUCUUCAUUGCUGUGCUCGAACGGGUAGAGGUGCCAAGCUCAGUCUCACAGGCUGAAGUAUCGGCACCAGAACUUAGACCCAGCUCUGCUCCAAAGAGAAAGAAGAGGCAGCGAAAAGCAGCAGCUGCUCCUAGCCUCCUACCUUACACAUAGCAAGAAGGAAACUGAUAACCCUGUUUCUCAAGCUGGAAAGAUAAGAGUGGAUUUUCUCAUCCUUUGAGUCCCUUCCCUGGGCCACAUUCUUGCUGGUGAGAGAAGUGUGACCCACCCCCACCAAAGAAAUAAAAGGCGCAGGACAUGGUCUACGAUA